UAUAUGGGCUUGGCCGAUCACUUUGUUGAUGAAAAUAAUAUAAUUAUAUACCAAAUAAUAAUAAUAUAGUGAGCUUUCAAAACUUAUCAAUUAUUUGUGAUAAUAAUCAAAUAUUAUAGCAAAAUGGAAGAAAAAACCUGUGCAAUACAAAGUCUGCCGAACGAAAUAAUAACAUUGAUACUAGAUAGAAAUGAUAUCCGCGAUAUUCUACGUUUCGGAGCAACUUGCAACCGAUUCCACGACUUCGUGAGGAGUAAUCAAUACUUAUGGAAAGAUAUGACAAAACGAACGUUGCCAGAGCCUCUAUUUAAGAUACUUGAAGAAUAUACUGAAGGAGAUUGGUUGGUUGAGAUCGAGGGGUAUCACACAGUAAAGAAGCAGGUGUAUUUGGAGCUUAUUGCAAUGUCCCCACAGUUUUAUGGGCGGGAUAAUGAUAUUAACAUUCAGGAUGUGAGACCCUUCUUUAAAGCCGCCCUGGUCAACAGAUUCAGCUUUAAUUUCGCUAUAUACAUUCUACAAGAUGUAAUCAGAAAAGGCAAUAUUAUGAUUAAUAAUAAUUGCAAGACAGUCAAGAAGCCCUUCACUUUGACGGAAAUGCACUAUGCGAAGAUUGUUCUGAGGCAUUUAAUUCACACAUUCCUGUCUCUAAAGUGGGUGAGGGCUCAUGUGAACAAUGAACUGUCACCCGAGGCUGUCUGUAACUUCUUCAUUCAGUGGGUUGACACCCUCCACAUACACCCUGAUGAACAUAUUGAAAUAAGGAUAAAUGACUUGGUUGAGAAAGUAAAAAUUAUAUUACGUGAAGAUGAAAUUAAAAAGGCAGCCGUAGAAGACGACGUCGAGAAGCAAAGAAUUACCGAGAGAGAUAUUUUAUCGGCCGUUACGCAAGUGGUGUAUCAUGACAGGCAUAUGGCCAUUACCACUGCAGCUAAUUUGGACACACUGGAUAUUGUCAAGGUCCUGGACAAUAAAUGUGGUAAUGUGCUAGUGGUUACUGCGAUCUACCAGGCAGUCGCAAAGAAAUGCGGCGUGAACUGCGAGCUCAUCGCGUUCCCCAACCACCUGUUUUUGGAGUGGCGCGAUAACUCCGAUCCUAAAAACCCGCAGGUGUUUACAGUGGAGCCUUCCAGUGGGGAGCUGAAUCGCCGCCGCCGCUGCCCGUUCUCGCAAAACGGGCCGACGACCAACUAUAGAUAUUGCCCGGAUUCCCUCCUCCAGUACAUCUGCUCGUCGUUCCACAUGAGCAUGGGAGCUAUUCGUAACUGGAAUACACUCAAUGCUUUGCACCUAUUGGAUUUCCUGGGAUCGAAUCGGAGUACACACAGUUCAUACAAGAAUUUCUUGCCAUAUUUACUUGACCCAACCCAUAUGUCAGCGAUGACCUCUCCUCUCAACCUGAAGCACUUGAGCACUCCUCAUAUCGAGAUAAUUAGAGCACUCUCCAGGAAUGAAGUGCCCGUUGAUUGCUACAAGAAGAGAUUCUCUAUAAGACAUCGUACGAGUAACGUGAAGUACGCCGUGGGGAUGACUUGCUACCACACCAGAUACGACUACGUGUGCAUAAUCCGCAGCUGGGACCUGCACUGUGCGCUCAAGUGGCAGAGCCAGAUGACGGCUGAGAGCCUGUACUUUGGCGUCAUGCAGCCGUUCUACAACGUCAUCGCGGCCGACCAGUCGGAGCGUUAUGUACCCCAAGAGUUUCUAAAGGAAUUAGAUCGGCCCAACCGUCUCUACCACCUCGAGGAAGUGAUAGCGACUGAGUUCACCCAUUUCGACGGAUUCGCGUACGUCCCGAACGACGAGAAGCAGGCGGAGUUCCCGGACGACGAGCCGGUCGUGAACGUGUACCGCGAGCGAGCCGAGCUCCUCAACUAAACCGGGACCGCAACAUGGUGGUCGCGUGGUACAACGCCCAUUGAUUGGCACGGGAUUCUCGUCACUGUUGCCUUGAAAUAAGGUUUAGGGUGCCAAUAAUGAAGUUAAAAAGUAAAUGCUCAAUGCAGAGUGCGCCACUGGGUCUGGGGUCUCUUGACAGAUUAGAUGACAUAUGCUAUUUAACGUAUGUUCGAAUGCGUCCAAGAUAUUUUUGGGCUUAUAAAACGCAGCGCGAGCUGGCAUUAUGUUUUCAUAAUGGUGGGCGAUAUUAUGGCGGCAAAGAUAAACCAAACUGUCUGUCAAUAGACCGCCCUUUAAAGGCCAGAGUACACCGGCUGCGUGAGCGUAGACGUGCGCUAAAAUGUUUGAGCCGCGCACGCACACGACACGCAAGCGAUGUGCCGUUUCUGAUAAGGAUAUGUAUAUUACAACGCGCACGUGCACGUGUACGCACACGCACCCGAUGUGCACAGGCCUUAACCUUUUCGACGCCGUGUCAAACACAAAAGCUGUCACUCAGACGCCACGUCACCGAAGUGUCAAAACUUUAUGUAUAUGCACGUAGGUCUAUGUUGCUCUGUGGUCUGUGACGGAUUAAUCGGUCUUUGGCAUUGAACCUGCGGUGCGGAUAUAUCGUUCAUUGGUGUCCAGAAGGUUAAUAGUGAGCCAUUAGCAGUUUUUAAACUCAAUGGAGACGUGUCGACAAUAGGUAGAUUUAGCUUAUAAAUAGCAAACUGCCAGGAAUACAGGGCUGUAGGUAUUAUUUCCGACGCUCCUCGCGAGUAUUGUAUGAUACAUAUAGCAAAUAUUGUCUAUUUAUCUUAUAGUGUCUGUCUCUUCUCAUACUUACCUAAGUAGUGUUUCGCCAUUUUGAAAUCGGGUCGAAGACAGUAUAUAUUUAAAUUGAGAAAAUUUUAUUUAUUUUAUUUAUGGUUACCUGAUAAUGAUAACCUUUAUGGUUUAUAUAAUAUUUCGAAAUAUAAGAAUAAUACGAAUAAGAAAUAUUUUAGAAAAGCUUUAAAAUCUUAAGCAUUUAAUAAGGACCUAGAGCUAUAAAUCUAGUUAGGUAGUUGGUUUGACGUUAGCUCAAAUGGUCUACAACUCUACAAGAAGACGCCACCAAACACAAAAUCAGCGUGUCAUACAUACAACAUACAUACAUAGAGGCAAUCUAUACGUAUGUCUUACAUUUUUAUUUUCUAAACUGUAUUUUUAUUGUUCUGCGUGUAUGUGAAUGCGUGGAAGAUAAAAUAUGAUGAACUUUAUUGAGAACAUGAAAGAAUUGUUCUCAAUGUCGACUGUGAUUUAAUAAAAAUGCGUGAAGGCAUGUGGUGCAACUGAUGAAGUUUAUACGAAUGAAUGAUGUAUCUAGUAUAUAAACAUAACGUUACGCUGUAUUUUUAUUGGUAGGUAUUAAGAUACAGCAUUGAAAAGGUGUACAUGUGUUGUGUCAGGGCUCCUACAGAGAGCUAUUGUAAAUCAAUAAGACCAAACAGUCAUCAAGGUUUAAUCGAUUGGGAAUUGUUGAAAUCGUUAUGGUAUGGUAUGGAAUUUAUUUAAUUACGGCAUGGUAUCUUAUGCCAGCUAAUGCCCUUGUUGGGGUGUGUUCCCGGUACUUUUUUUGUGUUUAUUAUGAAUUGUUCCUUAGUUAAGGAUGUUUUUUGUGUAUUUAAACAUUUGACAUUUUAUAGAUAUAAUUCAUAGAGCAUUUAGUAACUGGAGACGCCUUGGCUGUCAUUUUCUGUACAAAACAGUCUGCCGAUUUUUGCAGGGGAGGGGUACGUCAAAUAGUGGCCAAACAUAUGGAUAUUUGUACGUAACGUAUAAAUAGCCAUGUCAGAUAAACGUCAGUCCAUACAAAAGCUUGCACAAUUGUGCAAGGUUUUCGGCAGAGGGGUAAACUCUUAACACAUUCAUUGCCAGCGACUCCCUAGGGGAGUUCACUGUUCGUAGGCGCUUUCCGCUACAUACGGUUUUUCCCGUGUUAUCGGCUACGCUCGUAGCGCGUAGCUCGGGCUGGCACUAAAGGCGACUCCGGUUAUUAACCCAUUCAUGGCCACGAACCGCCGAGCGUACACAAUACGCCAGGCCACCAUACAAACCGUUUUUAGCUAAAACGUAUGACUCAGCUUAUGGGUCUCGAGCCUGGCGCGAACGGUAAAUAAAUCGCCGCUUAUGAAGCCGGCCAGUUGGACAGCAUUAUGCAACAUUUUUACUAACCACCGAUUUUCUGUGCCUAUCAAAAAAGAAACUAAUUAUUGCAGUUUGUAGGAGUGAAUAUUUUUACUUUCUACAAGCUUUUAAUGUCUGACCAAGCUAAGUUGGCAGCAAUUUUUAUAGCUCAGCCUGUGCAAGUGUUAAGUUAAACGCCAUAAUUUCAUUUAAGUUUGACAUUUAAAUUACACUUAGGUACUCAGCCUGUGCUAUCAAAAUCGCUGCCAACUUAGCUUGGUCUGAUUCUAUUUAACUUGCCGUGUUUUUUGUUGUUGUUUUUUGGGGCAAAUCUUGGAAGUUAAAUUAGACCCGUUUCCCGAUAUCCCGAUCCAGUUCAUAGCACAGUCGGUCAGGUUAGGCGGGUUCAAAUUCCGGUAAUCCAUAGCCAUGGUCACAAAAUACGAAAUCACUAAACAGCACAGGAGGAGUAUAAAGUCGCCAACGAAUAAAUCGUGACUAAAUAAUAUUUUCCAUGUUACUCCAAAAUACACCUCUAAUGGGGGAUGGGAUGAAUCACAUCUUGAACUCUUGUGACAAAUACCACAUGAAAGAUAAUACCGCCGCCGCCGCUCGGAUGCAUUCCUUGUUUAUUGUCCAAGUGUGUCCGAUAAGCUUACACCUGGUCGGUCAUGUAUCUUUGUUUUGGUAAACGCCAUUAUAUUAGUAACAAUAGACAACUUAAAAUGUAUUAUAGUACUUACUUUCUAAUCUGCCGUAGAAACCACGAUGUUUGAAAAAACUUGUAAAUAUUUGUCACAAACUAUUUGUAAUACAAUACAUAUUAGUUAGUGGUGACUGUUUCAACCGCCUUGUUCUAUAUUGAAACGAAAAAAAAUUAACCUUAACAUCAUUGUUAGUAGGUAAUUGCCUAAGAUACAAUACAACGAUCACCAAAUAUUAUGACAUAAAAGUACAGUGGGAGAAAAUCCUCGUUGCCUUACCCCUCAUACAAAACAAAAUAUUAUUAUACUACGGCUUGGUUCCUACAAAUUGUUGCUUACCAUCAUCCAAACAGUAAUCAGUUGUAAAAUGGUACAAUAUCAAACAGCUUCAACAUGAAAUAAGCUUUAAAACCAGCCAAUAAAGUUUAUUUUAGCCUGCUACGGAAACAUUAGUAGUUUUUACAAGUAGCGCCAGGCCACAGUGACCCAUACCUUGAGCCAUGUCAAUAACUUCUGAAGUAUAUAUAUUUUUUGUAUUUUUUAAAUAUAGAUCUUUCUGUUUUCUUGCAUCGCAUUAUGUAUCUAGAAUUUCAGUAUAUUUACUAUAUUGCACUGAUAGUAAAUCAAACUUGAAUAUUCGAGACCCUGUUUUCAUUAAAAAAAACGUGUUUAUAAUUUUUUAUCCUAAUAUGCCUUAUAGAAAUGGUUGUUAGCUUAUAUGAUACUUACGUUAUUACAUCAAAUUACGUUUCGUUUAAGUUUAAAUCAGAAUUUAUUCAGGACUCACAUGUGAGUCACUGGCCCUGCGGAACUGUUUGAGCAUGACCCAUACGCUGAGUCGCUGGCCCUGAAUGGGUUAAAUGAUCUAAGAUAUAAUUAUA